CGCCAAAGGCAAAGACGGGACAGCCCCAUCAUCAGCUUCUUCAAUCUUCUUCUUCUUCUUCUUCCUUCUUCUUCGUCGUCGAAUUCACUCUUCUAGGGUUUUUUUUCUUCUUCUCUUCAGCCAUGGAUAUGACUACUUGUGUUGCUAGAAGAACUCGAUCGAGAACUGAGUCUUACUUGAACUCGAUUCUGAAUAAAUCAAAAGGGAUUGGUGAUUCUGAGGGUUCGUUAAAUUCGAGGACGGGGCAGAAGAGCAUGCGCGAUGCUUGUUUGCCAUCUCCGAGGAAGAAGAAACGGCGGCGGAGAAAAGUGAGUGAGGAUGAAGACGACGACGACGAUGUUGAAUUUAUCAGAACUGAUUAUCCAGAAGGUAAGCGAGUGGGUGAAUGUAUUGUUGAUGGUGUUGGUUCUAAUUUUGAGGUUUUGGAAUCGAAAUCGCUUGAUUGUGGUGAUAAGGUUUGUGAUUUUGAUAUCGAUGAUGAUAAUUUGAGAGGUGAGGAGAAAACUUCGAAUUUUAAGCCUUUGUCUCCUCAUGAUGAUGAUGUUGUUUUUGUUGGGACUAUCCCGGGAGAGAAUGAGCAUGUAGAGGAAGGUGGCAAUGUUGGUUCUGCUUCGGUUAUGUCUCCUAGGGUUUGUGAUUUUGAUGUUGAUGAUGGUAAUUUGAGGGGUGAAGAGAAAACUUCUCCUUUGAAUCCUUUGUCUCCGGAUGAAGAUGUUGUUUUUAUCGGGACUAACUCGAAAGAGAACGAACGUGUUGAAGAUAGCAAUGUUGGUUCCGGGGUUUGUGAUAUUCUUCUGGAUGAUAUUAAUUUGAGGGGUGGGAAGAAGAUUUCUGAGUAUGAUGAGGUUGUAAGUCUGAGUAUUGAUUCUGUGGAGGAAUCAGGGACGGAUUCAGGCGAGGAAGUUAGUGGCCGAGAUAGGGAUUCUGGUGAAAGUCAUAGUGAUGGUGAAGAUGCUGAUUCUGACUCAUCUGAUUACGUGGUGGAGUCUUCAGAUUCUUCUGAUGUAGAUAGCUCUGAUAGUGGUCUCGUUUGUUCUGAGGAUGAAGAGAGGGAUGCAGAGGGUGAUGCCAGAGACGUUGCUAAAGAAAAAAAGAACCCAAGUGAAAAAGUAUACAACCAUAAAAAGUCGAGGACUUCUCGUAGGGAGAAUAACUUGCAUGUGUUUAACCUGCUAGCUAAAUCUAUUUGGGAGAGCACAUACAUUUUGGGGGAAGACAUUUGCUCAGGGGACAAAACAGCAGAGGUUGAUUGUAGAGAAGAUGUUUUAAUUAGGGAGAGCCUAAGUGAAAAGGUAAAUGAACAGGGGAAACCAAGGGAACGGAGGAGUUUCCAUAGGGUGAAGGAGAAGAACCACUUGACGGGUGAGACUUUUGUUGCUGGCGAAAAACUAUGUGAUGGACAAGAGACAAUAGACUGCUUGACAAAAGAAUCACCUCCUGUAAACUUGAGAUUCGGCUGUGAGGAGCCUGUGCUUAUCGAGAAAACAGAGGAGGAGAAAGAAUUAGACAGCUUGUGGGAAGAUAUGACCCUUGCUCUAACAUUGGAAGGAAUGCACUCAUCUACUCCUGCUAAAAAUGGAGAUAUGUUAUGUAGCAAAGAGACGCACGACUUUGUCCUGGAUGAGGAAAUUGGUUUGAAAUGCUGCCACUGUUCUUAUGUGGCUGUCGAGAUCAAAGACAUCUCACCAGCCAUGGAAAAGUAUCGUCCUCGUGUUAAUGACAAUACGAAAUGUAGAGAUAAAAAGGGUGACCCUUUACCUAACAGGCUUGAGUUUGAUGCUUCAGAUCCCAGCAGAUAUGUUGCCCCUUUGGAUAAUACAGAAGGAACUGUUUGGCAAUAUGUCCCUGGCAUCAAAGAUACUUUGUACCCACACCAACAAGAAGGUUUUGAAUUUAUCUGGAGGAACUUAGCUGGGACAACAAAACUUAAUGAGUUAAACACCGUAGGGGUUAAGGAAAGUGGCGGAUGCAUUAUUUCGCACAAGGCUGGAACUGGUAAGACACUCUUGACCAUCGUUUUUCUUCUGUCAUACUUAAAACGGUUCCCAGAUAGCCAUCCUGUGGUCAUAGCUCCUGCAACUCUAAUGCGUACGUGGGAAGAAGAAUUCAAGAAAUGGAACACAAAUAUCCCAUUUUAUAACAUGAAUAGUCUGCAGUUCUCAAAGUAUGAGGACGCUUCAGCUGUCUCACGUUUAAAUGGAAAUAGGCAACAUAACUCCAUCCGUAUGGUUAAGUUAUAUUCGUGGUGGAAUCAGAAAAGCGUACUUGGAGUUAGCUACCCUCUGUAUGAGAAGCUCGCGGCAAAUAAGAACGCUGGAGAAAUGCAAGUGUUUAGGAAGAUGUUGCUAGAAUUGCCGGGGUUGCUGGUCCUUGACGAGGGCCACACUCCCAGAAACCAGAAUAGUCUCAUUUGGAAAGUGCUUACUGAAGUCAGAACAGAAAAGCGUAUCAUUCUUUCAGGGACACUGUUCCAAAAUAAUUUCAAGGAACUUUCUAAUGUCUUAUGCCUGGCAAGACCAUCUUUGAAAGAUACGAUAUCUUCGAGACUACAAGAACUUGGCAAGUGGAGCCAAGAAGGAGAACACGGAAGGGUGAACGAAGAAAUUGGAUUGGUGGAUUUUAAGGCUGUGAUUGCUCCUUUUGUGCAUUUCCACGAAGGAAACAUCCUUCAAGAAAGCCUUCCAGGUCUAAGAGACUGUGUUGUGGUGUUGAACCCGCCUUUUCAACAGAAGAAAAUUCUAGACAGAAUUGAUACUUUUCAAAACACAUUUGAAUUUGAGCACAAGCUUUCAGCUGUUUCAGUACACCCAUCUUUGUAUUUGUGCUGCAAUCCGACAAAGAAGGAAGACUUGGUUAUUGGGCCUGCAGCAUUAGGAAUUCUGAAGAGGAUUAGACUUGACUACAAGGAAGGUGUGAAAACAAAGUUCCUUAUCGACUUCAUAUACAUCAGUCAAACAGUGAAAGAGAAAGUGUUGGUGUAUAGCCAAUACAUUGACACUCUAAAGUUGAUCAUGGAGCAGCUCAGUGUAGUAUUUGGCUGGACUGAAGGGAAAGAAAUUCUCUUUAUGCAUGGUAAAGUUGAACAAAGAGACAGGCAGCAUCUGAUCAACAACUUCAACAAUCCAGACAGUGAAUCUAAAGUUCUACUGGCAUCAACAAAAGCAUGUUCCGAGGGUAUCAGUCUAGUUGGCGCUUCAAGAGUUGUGUUUCUUGAUGUCGUUUGGAACCCUUCUGUUGAAAGCCAAGCCAUAAGUCGAGCUUACAGAAUUGGCCAAAAGCGUGCUGUGUUCAUUUACCAUCUCAUGGUUAAAGACACAUCUGAGUGGAACAAGUACUGUAGGCAAAGUGAGAAAUAUCGCAUAUCCGAACUGGUCUUCUCUUCUACCAAUGAGAAUGAUAAGCCGAUUAACAACAAAGUGUCUGAAGAUAGAAUCCUCGACGAGAUGGUUCAACUCGAGAAGCUGAAAGACAUCUUUGAGAAGAUACUUUAUUACCCAAGGGAAUCUGACAUGUUUACCGGCAUCUUCUGAUUGAAAUCUCAUUUCUCUGUUAAUCCCACUGAGACUCUUGACGUUUAUAAUAUAGUUCCCUUUGGAAUUGAUCACUCUAGUAAUAUGUAAUUUUCUGAUUCGAUUUCUUCUUAUUAAUGAAGUUGUGUAAUUAUCCA